UUGAAAACUAUUUUUCUUUGAUAAUAAUUCAACGCAGAUUCAAGGAAACUAGCUAACCACUUUGAAUAAAAUAUUUUUGGAGCCAAACCCCAAAUCCACCGUCCAGCCAUUUAAAUACACCAUUUCCGUGUUUCUUCCACGAUCAAUAAAACAAAAUUCCAGCUUGUUAGGAAAAGGUCAUCCCAAUUUCAAUCUCUUCUUCUUUUCCCAACUAUAUCAUCCCAUAAGCUAUUUAUUAAAAUUGAACUUAUAGCAGUUUGCUAGCUAAGGGAACUAACUAAUUAAAGUUAAUCACUCAAAUGAAGAAUUAUGAUUACUUUCAAAAUCCAUUUUCUGAGAUGGAUUCUUCCGGCCGGACAACUCCAGAAAUCCAAUCUCCGGUGUUUCGACUAACAAGUUCAUCGGAAAGUCCUUACAACUCAUCAGAUGACUUUUCCCCUACCUCAGGUUCAGAUAAACAAGGCGAUUCCGUUCUGGCUUUUCGUACUAAUAAGAAGAACAAGCUUGAGAAGAAGGCUAAUAGUUAUAUGUACAGAAUCCGUGAGCAUGUGAAAUUGGGGCCUAAAUUCUCCGAAACCUUGAAGGGGAAAUUGAGUUUGGGAGCCAAUAUAAUUCGGAAAGGCGGACGGGAAAAUAUAUUUAGGAAUUUGUUCAGUGUCAGUGAAGGGGAGCAGCUAUUAAAAGCUUCACAGUGUUAUUUGUCGACGACGGCAGGUCCGAUUGCCGGAAUACUGUUCAUUUCCACGGAGAAGGUUGCCUUCUGCAGCGAAAGGAAGAUUAGGUUAUCUUCUUCUACGGGCGGAGCAGUUAGAACGUCAUACAAGGUCAACUCUCUAAUCCUCCAUAUCUUUGUUUUUAUUUCUUUAUUAAGCAGUCCUGUUUCAUAUAUAUUAUUUGUGUAGUUUCAUCUUGAAGUGCAUGUUGUAAAUUAAAUCAGGAAAAGGGUAGAAAGAAAUUUACAUGCUUUUUGGGGAACAACAUUUCUUUCGUCACAAACAAUAAAAAAUAAAAUAAAAUAAAAAAUUAUCACAAGCAUUGAACUAAAACAAAGUAAUAAAUAAAAUACCUUUCUAAAUAACUGAACGAAGUUUCUAUAAAGAUUUUUGUCAUUCAGACAAUGUAAUAGGAUGAGAUCUGGUCACCAAAAUGUUUACUUGCAUUUUUCCAUUGGAGUUGUUGACGGAAUCUUCAUAAUUUAAAAUUUAAUACGAGUUAUAAUUUUCAUAACGAACUUGGAAGGGAAAAACAAAAUGCGGGUCCUAGCUAGUAUUAGUUGUGAGGAGUUUGUUUUUUUAAAAAGUGGUACUAACACAAAAUGAUUAAUUGAGAGAAUAUCUACAAGUUUGACUUUUCAAAUUAGAGUAUUUAAUUGAUCAUCAUGCAUAUACAAUAUUAUCAAAUACAAAUUGGAUGGGAUCUCCAGCUCAAUUUCAAUGUCCUUAUUGGUACUGGGGUUUCGAGGAACCUACCUUGUGUUGGACGCUUACCUGCAAAUGUACAAGCUUACCUAAGUUCAAAUCACAAUCGUUAUUUGGCAUAAGAUAAAACUCCCCACUCCUAUAAAAAUAGUUCUAAUAUGUUAAUGUUAUCUUUACAUGUUCUACCUAAAACUUUACAUAUUUUGUCAAUGUUAUCUUUUUUCUCUUUUUUUUUCCGGUUAACGAGUAUUGCCCUUAUAUUUAUCAAACUUUCGUCACUUUUAUCUACUUUGCCCAAUUUCUGUUUAACAUAACAGAUUUUUGUUAGUUUUAAUUACAAAAAUACCCAAAUAAUUUUAAAAUUACAAAAAUAACUUCAAAAAUUUGUAAAAGUAACAAAAUAAUCACCUUUCAUUUUUCUAUUUUCUAUUUCUCUUUACUGCUUUUCAUAACCAUAAAAAUAUACUAUAUGAUACUAUUUUGUUGAUCCAUAUUUUUCUUCCUAAUCUAAAGAAUAAGCUAUCUUUUUUAGCACAAUGAAAUUAAAAGGUCUCACAUUCACGUUGUAUUUUAUUAAUUCGUAGUAAUAGCUUCAAUUUCGUCACAAAACUUUAUAAAUGCAUGUUGAUUCAUUUGGCUUACUUCCUAUGCAUGGAUUCUGCAGGUAUCAAUCCCAGUGAGGAAGAUUGAAAGAGCAAGCGAAAGUGAGAAUACAGAAAAUCCAGCACAAAAGUACAUAGAAAUAGUGACUGAGGACAAGUUUGAGUUUUGGUUUAUGGGAUUUGUACGAUACGAAAAAGCCUUUGGGAAUCUUCAAAAAGCCAUUACCAUGUCCAAGUCGAUUCCAAUUCCAUUGCAGCAACAAUAUAUGUAAAUCAAUUGAUGGUGGUGAUUAAUUUAGCUUUAUAGAAGAUUAAGCAUAGAAGUCUCCUUUUAGAUGAAUCACGACUUGGUGGGAAAGCAUAGUGUUUUUCUUUCGCUUUCUUUUUAUGGGAGUGUGUGUGAAACGGUAGAGAGUUUUGUAUUGGUCAAGCGAAAAUUUGUAAAGAAGUCUACUUCAAGAAACUAGCUUAUAUUGAGUUUUAAAAUUUGUAUUAAAAUACAAAUUUUUUUUAGGAUAAAAUGAAUGCUGAGUAGUAUUUUAGUUGGUGUUUUGAUUUUUUUUAUUUUUUUGAUUUUUUUUUUUACAAUGAAGGAGGUAAAUGCCUUGAGUUCUAAUUUAUUACCACACGUACGAUAUCAUGUUGAAGCCACAUUUUGACCGCAUGAGGAGGAAUAUCUAGCUAUUGUAACCCCCCAAGACUUUCCAUUGCUUAUGUUGCUAGGGAAUCAAUCGCAAAAUUUAGCUCGUGAUAAAUAUGAUAUAACUUCACCACCCAGUCUCUGUUCAAAAGGUCACGAAUAGCCAUUAGCAGUGCUCUAUUUCUA